CAGUCCUGGCGAGAUUCGCGCAUGCGCGAUUUGAAUCUAGUUUGUAGUUCGUAUUUUGGUUUUCGUUUAUUUAUUUUUGAAGUUUUUCAAUAAACAAAGUUUUUGAAAAAAAUGCAGCCAGAAAACCCUAAAGGAAACCAAAGCGACUUAAAUGUGGGGGCUGGAGACCAAGUCGAAUACGAUAAGACCAAACUCAUAGUAAAUUACAUCCCACAAUUUGCCACUGAAGAGGAUCUAGCUUUAAUCUUCACUCCUAUAGGAAGAGUCGAAAGUAUUAAAAUAAUGCGCGACUAUAACACCGGUUACAGUUUUGGCUUCGGGUUUGUUAAGUACUUUACACCCGAAGACGCUGCUAAAGCUAUCCAACAAAUCAACGGAAUGAACUAUAAAAAUAAACGUUUGAAAGUGUCGUACUCUCGACCGCCAGGCACAGACAUGAAAGACUCAAACCUAUACAUAACGAACCUACCGAAAGAUAUUACCGAAGAAGAAGUCCACAAAUUAUUCUGCAGCUACGGAGAAAUCGUCCAAAAGUCGGUCUUAAAAGACAAAAUCACGGGAAUGCCGCGCGGGGUCGCCUUCGUCAGAUUCUCAAAGGGGAACGAGGCGCAAGCUGCCAUAGCCGAUUUAGACGGGAAAAUGUUGGAAAACGCCAUGUUGCCGCUGAGCGUCCGGGUGGCGGAAGACCACGGUCGGCAGAAAGCACAGUAUUUGGACAACUGGGGCCUCUCAAUGCACAACAGGGGUUUCAUGCCGUUUAGAGGGGCGAUGCCUUUCAGAAAGAUGCAGCCCCCGGAUAAUUUGCAGAGUAGGUCCCGGUUCCAAAAUUACCAUUCGAAUAACGUGCGAAAUAUGGGAGCAGGCGAUAACUAUCUACAGAAUCCAUUCUUUUGUUGAAGGAUCGGAGCUGUGAUGGAGUUCUUUUUUUUCGAUUUUUGUGAAUGUUGGUUGUUUUUGUUCAGUUUUUUUUCGAUUUUUGACUGAGUGCGUUUUUCUUUUUCAGUUAAUUGAGCGUUAUUUUAUUUACAAAGUUAUAUAUUUAUUUUUUUAUAUGGAUAGCUGAUGAGAACUGUGCUGUCGCAGUUGAUAUAGUUUAAAUUUAUUUAUUUAUAUUAUACCUAUUUAUAGGAAAUGCAAUUUGAUCUGUCUAAGAAAAAACUUAACACGUGACUGACUAAUGAGAUUUGUUGUGGAAAUUUUGUGUUAAUUUUUUUCAGACGAGUGAAUCUGUAUACAUUUAAUGUAUUUUCUUUUUUUUUUAGAAAAUGACUUAUUUAUAAUUUAUUAUUAGUUUGAAGUGAAUAAAUUUUUAAUUGAU